GAGUUGUGGCUGGCUCGCUGGCUGCUGGCUGUCAGGAUGGGAGUUUCCCGAUCGUAGAUUGCUCGAUUUUCUUGUUAUAAAUCGCGAAUGAAUCAUCUAGGGUGAUCUUCUGGACAUAUUCAAGAGUGACCGCACAUUUUUAAUUAGAAAUGGCAGACAUAUCGGGCCGGAAAAUCAGCGCCCCUGAUUUCAAUCCAGAUAAAUACGUGAGGGAGCUAUCGCAAAGAUGUGUCGGGAGAAUGGAGCUGGUGACCCAGCGUCAGAAAAUGCAGAAGCUGGCUGAGGACACGAAUGAACAGCUGAAGAAGAACGUCUACGACAACUACGUGCAGUUCAUCGAAACUUCCAAGGAAAUAUCCCAUGUGGAGAGCGAGAUGUACCAGCUGUCCCAUUUUCUCUCGGAGCAGAGGGAGCUUCUGUCCAACUUGCUCGACACCUCGAUUGUAGGAAGUCGUGGUACGUUACUAGACAAAGAAAAAAUCCCUGAGGCUGAAGACAGCCGAAACAAUGAGGAAGAGCAGAGGAGGAAACUCGCGUCCAUCAUCGAAAAAGUGGAAGGCUGUGUUUCUUUGCUGGAGGUGCCUGGCAGAGUUCUUCUCCACGACAGCGACCUGAUCGAGCUGGACAUCAACGACAACUCGGCAAUUCAGAGAUAUCACGGAUACCUUUUAAAUGACAGUGUUGUUUUGGCUUCUUGGAUCACAAACAAGAGAGGUCCAGUGCGGUACAAAUUCCAAGUGCAGUACCCACUCGAGAGUUUGGCUGUGGUUAACGUUCGUGAUUUGGGAAAUGUGAAGCACGCCUUCAAAUUCCUCGCUUUUCCCGAUACCAGAAUCUUCCAGUGCUCAACGAGUGCUCACAAGAAUGAGUGGAUGGAUGCAUUCCACACGGCCAAGAACCCCACCCCGAAAAGUCAGCAAAAACAAAGAGAGUCUGCGUCUGAAAGACCGGUUUCUAUGAUUUCUAGAGGCGACUCCACCGAAUCAAACAAUCGUAAGACUUUAUUUGCCUCCUUGGAUUUGAAUUUAAAAUUGUGCGUAGCUUUCGAGGAUCCUGUACCGGAGCCAACUCCCGACCAGCUGGUUCCGGAGUGGUUGGCUGAGGCUCCGGAUGAUCUGGACGUCUUCAUUGCCCAGCGGCACUUCGAGGACGCCUACAACUUGAUCAUCAAGUGCAAGGACGGCUGGGCAGAACUGCCUCCCAGCUCCAAAUUGCAUCUCAUUCAGCGGAAGAUCGACGCGCGCGUGCGCAACCUGACGGAGGUGUUGAUGAAAGAGCUGGAGGUGUCCCCCGAGCGGAGCUUCCAGGGGGGUCUGCGAGCGGCUCGCAGGGCCGUGCGGCUGCUCAAUUUGCUGGGCUGCUCGACGCAGGCGUGCAAACUGUUCCUGGACCUGAGCAGCUCUGUGAUCAAGACGCAGCUGAAGCGGACGAUGCGCGAAGGUGUCACCGUGCAGUUCAUCACGCAACUCGGCGACAUUUUCUUCUCGAACGUCAAGGACGUGAUGCAGGAGUUCCUCAAGUCGUUCCCCUCCACCUCCAGCUGCCUCUCCUCCUUUGUCGUUUGGGCCGGACUCGAGCUCACCGCCUUUGUCGCCCUGCUCAACAAGCACAUUUUCCUGCCGCAGUCCUCCCUGGACGCCAUUGCAGAGUGCUUCACGUCGAUCAGAAAACUUUGCACAGAGCUAGGUGAGCUCGGUCUGGACAUCGUUUACAUGCUGGACGGUCUGCUGAGGUCUCCCCUGACCCGAGCCAUCCAGGACAACACGCGGAAGACGGUGGACUCGAUUAGAUUGAAAGCGGCCGACGACACUUGGCGCCAAACCAACCUGAUGAGCAAGGAUGCCAGGGCAAAGUUUGUGCAGGAGUUUGUCGACCUGGGUCUCGCCAACACAUCCUCUUACACCUACGGUGAAACGUGGGUCUACCUGACGUCCAACACAAUUUCGUUCACCCGUCGGUACGUGCAGUUGGUCGACUCGUCGCUCAGCCUGUGUUUUCCGGAGCUGGAAUUUGUGGUACGCAAGUCAAUCGAGAGUGUGCUCAGCGAACAGCUAAAACACGUGCAGGAGAGUUCGGUGAUUAGAAGUUACGACCAGGCCACCGUUGAGAAAAACGGCAACUUCCUUGUCGGCGAGCUGUUGCCGCUUGCGUUGAAGAAGUUCAGCCGAGCGAACGGACACCAGUGCGAGGAACUGUUGCAACUGGCCAAAAAAUACGCCAACUUGGCACCAAAGUCUGUUACGAAAUAUUCCACUACUGUCUAUAUUUAAAUUUCGUUGUUAUGUAAUAAUAAAAUGUUGAUUAACCACUAAAACUCAA